AUGUUUCGUCCGAACGCGUUUCAAUGGAUAACAACUGGGGUCCCCGGCAGCGCAGCGUUUCCGGUGAUGUGGUACGUGAUGACGAAGAUGUGGCCUGAGUCUUGGUUUCUAGGAAUGAUGUCUUUUGUUGCAAUACUAACACAAAGAUUUUCUACUUGCUGGUGUCUUGUACUUGUCCAGUGGUCUGUUAUAUCAGAAAUGAGAUGCUUAAGAUUACCUUAUACACCACAAAAAGAACAAGACAAACAGCAACAGCAACAGCAGCAGCAGCAGCAGCAGCAGCAACAACAACUCACAUCAGGAAUACAAUCCAUGCAACACGCUCCUGCUGAACCUCAACGCGCAGCCAGCAGCAGCAGCAGCAGAAACAACUUUAUUGAUCUUGUUACGCUCCUGCUGAACCUCAACGCGCAGCCAGCAGCAGCAGCAGCAGAAACAACUUUAUUGAUCUUGUUGCAGUGCAGCAGCAGCAGGGGAAGUACAGGAGAUACAUACGAAGAAGAAGAAGAAGAUAAAGCCCCAGGAGCAGCUGCUGAGGGGCUGUUUGCUGUGAAGGCCGUUGCACCUGCUGACACCCCAUUGGCUUGGUGGGGGGGCCCUGAGGCGGAGGGACAGGAUAGGGAGGAGAGAGAGGAGGAGAUCCUCGAUUCACCGCUCCUAUACAAUAUAGUUUAA